UGUAAAUAUUUAUCACAUCUAAUUUCUUAGAAACCUCCCGUUACACUUAGAUGAGUAACUAUUGAAAGAAGAAUUGAAAGUUCGGGCGUUUUUUCCAGUAAGACAUGUUUUCUUCUGAAUAAUAAAAUCUUAGUGUUUCUAUCUUUCAUUUUUUUGGUUUCCUUCCAAUAAUCUACUCUCCUGAUCACCCUGUAAAUCUGUCCAUGGUUCUAUACACACCAGAAAUAAAUAGUGCAUUAAAGCAGCUUGUUGCUAUGACUGUAUUGGGCAUAUUUGCAUUGAUAAACAUGCGGUUGUUUUCAUUUCCUGAAGUGUUCUGAUUUCGAAUAUACAAGGCGUCUGUGUGACAAUGACUCAUGCACGGAUAAUAUCUUAUGAUUUCAUCUUAUACCAGUUUAGUUCUAAUGACUUCUGUUUUAACUUCCUCAUUGUGGAUGUAGAUAAUAAGCUCACAGGUUUUGAGUUUUCUUUGUGGAUCUGGACGAGAAGACGACUAAAUCCUCACAUCUCAGCUCUUUACAGUAAAGAGUUUCAACUGUUAGAGGUAAAAUCUAUUCAUCAUGACAUCAGUAAGGAUAACUACCUAUACAAUGGGCGUAUUAAAUGAAGUCUGUAAUCUUUGUGAAAAUGUCUUCAUUUAUUGCAGUGGCAUGGGAUUCUAACUUUUAAAAGAGAAACAGGAAAUAUUCUAUGAUUCUAGUCAUUACACAGUCUCUUUUUAUGAAUACAAUAAGGGAUUUGUAAAUGUAUACAACUUCAUAUGCACAUCUGGUUAUGUUGUUAGGACAACAGGGAGACUUCAUCCAACUAACAUUGAACUUCAUCAUGAUCUACAAUCCAUGUUUUAUAGAAAACAAUGGAAAUGCAGGACAACACCACCUUUAACAACACUGAUGACUUCAACAUCACCAACAACAGCAGCUGCAGCCAAUCUGACUCUAAUACUGAGUCAGUCAUGCAUAUAGUGGAAUUAAUAGUUACUUGCACAGGACUUCCUCUGAUGCUGGCGGCGAUCUGUGCGGUUUAUUGUCUGAUCCAAAGAGAUCACUCUGCUCCAGUCUACAUCAUCAACCUUCUCAUUUCUGACCUGAUUCAGCUUUGCUGCCUGGUGGCUUGGAAGGCAGACAAGUUUCAUGACAUCAUAAACUACAGUUACCUCUUUGCUCUAACAGGCAGCAUUGGAUUUAUGGUGUGCAUCUCUCUGGAGAGGUAUUUGGUUAUUGCCAAGCCGCUGUGGUACAGAUUCAGGAGGAACAUCAAGACAUCUCUGACGGUCUGUGCCGUGGUAUGGACAUUGGCAUUUGCCAGUGUUCUCCCUUACUGUUUUAAUGUAAACCAUCAGGAUGUAGAAAUGGUCUUUGCUGUCAUCUUUCUCCUUCCAUUCCCCAUUUUGGUUUUCUUCCUCACUGGAACCAUCAAAGCUCUGUCUGCAGCUCACAGUGUCCCUGCUGAGGAAAAAAAAAGGAUAGUAACAAUUCUGGUUGUGGUGUUACUUAUUUACACACUCCUGUUUCUUCCUAACAUUAUUUGGUCAUUAGUGGAAGAACUAAGAUAUAACCAGAUUUUUGACAGCUUGGCUUGCAUUUGCCUUAUUCUAAGUCCUCUGGCAGAUUUGACCAUGUACUUUUGUAUUAGAAAAAGUGCAAUAGACAAACUACUGAAAUCAUGCUGCCAUUGUGAAAUGUUAGGCAACCAGGAAUCAAGCAGCACAGCUGUUGAAAACAUGUCUGCACCAUGCACCAGCACAGUGUGAGCUGUGCAUGGAAUAAUCAAUAUAUUACUCAACCCAUCCAUCCAUCAUCAUGCAGGCUUUUCCCUGCGGUCGCCUUCAGAGAGUCACCCUGGACAUGUCCAUCUCAGUACUGGUAAACCUGUACUUCAGUAUUCCUUUGAACGUUCUUGCAGAUGUAAUACUUUCAUUGCUAUAAUGGGUAUAAAUAUUCCUUGUUGUGCUCUCUUAAAAACAGACAGGACGUUUCUGAUUUUCAAAUCAGCAUUUUCUGCAUCUGAAUCUAUGCCACUUUAUUUAGUAUGUUAGAUUAGUAUUUUCAA